AUGCACGAGUCGCGGCAGCUCUGCACGGCUGAUACAUAUUUGCAACCAGUCAAGAGCAAUCUUAGAUACCAUCGCAGCGUCCUGGCAAACCGCUGUCUGCCAACACAGCGCGCAAGAGACUCUGACGGCGAGAGCGAACGAAGGUGUCGGACGGCAACCACGAUGCAGAUCCAUUUCAGGGUUCUCGCGAAGAAGACAAGUGGUGUCAUGAGCAUCGUCGUUGUGACAGACAAAUCGAGUCGAUAUCGUUUCCGCACUCGAGCCAUUAAGUGGAAUCAACCAAGCGACACAGAAGCGGUCGUAAGCAGCGCAGAAUGUCGAUCCCCGUCCGGGACGGAUGCGUGUCGUCACUGUACCGAUAUUGCUGAGACACAGCUCAGAUGCCUGCUUUUUUUCGCGCCUCAGUUUCACCAUUCGAACAACAAACAGAUCCGACGAUCGGAAGUUGCACCUUUCUAUUAG